AUGGGUAGGCCAUCAAAGUUGGCUCAAACAGACGAUUUCCUUCAAGAGCUGGGCGUCUCUUUGAAUAGUUCAGGUACAGUGCAUUACGAUUUUCAAUGCAAUCAACUUCGGCGUGUAGCAGCUAUGACAGGGAAGUAUCCGGACAUCCAGAUAUUAUUUGAUAGACAGAGCUUGGCAACACAGACUACGGAGAUUGAGCGUACCUAUCUUCCGUCUACGAGCGUCAAGGUGAGAACUAAUAAUCCACCGGUAGCUUCAAAAAGCGGUUCUAUUGAAAAGCGGAAAUCAGUUUUAGUGAGUCGAUCAGUCGACAAUGAGGACGACGAAAUAGUCCUAGGUGACCCACUGGAGCAUGCUGCGUUCCGAAGACUGACAACAACGACAUCAGCGAAGUACAAACUGGACGUUAAACGCAGAAGGCAAACCAAUCCGGCAUCACCAAUGAACGCCAACUGUUGCAGUGUCUGGAAAUCUGCAUGGAAUACGGUCGAUUUGGACGAUGAGCAACAAUGGAUCCAGCGCAAGAAAUGCGAGUGA